CGGGGGAAAACGGGCCCUUCCGGGCCGCGCCGGCCCAGCCCUGAGGGGAGCGGGGCCCCCGCCCGCGCCUCUCCCCCCGCCCGGUGCACGCGCGCACCUGCGGGCAGGCCCCGCCCCCUUUCCGCCCGCCCCCGCGCGCCGCGCUUUUGAACGCGGCUCGCGCGGCGCGGGGGGCUGUGCGCGUGCGCGGGGCGGCGCGGCGGGAGGCGGCUCCGCAGCUCCCCGCGCGGGGCGGGCCGGGCCGGGCCGGGGGGGGCCUGGCGGCGCUGAGCGGGGCCCUGCGGGGAGCCCUGCGGCCCCGCGGCUGCGAGGAGCAGAAAUGACUACCCCAAACAAGACACCACCUGGUGCUGAUCCAAAGCAACUAGAGAGGACUGGUACUGUUAGAGAAAUAGGCUCACAAGCAGUUUGGUCUCUUUCAUCCUGUAAACCAGGAUUUGGAGUGGAUCAGUUACGAGACGAUAAUCUAGAAACUUACUGGCAGUCAGAUGGGUCACAGCCUCAUUUGGUGAACAUCCAAUUUAGGAGAAAAACAACAGUGAAGACAUUAUGUAUUUAUGCAGACUACAAAUCUGAUGAAAGUUACACUCCGAGCAAAAUCUCUGUCAGAGUAGGAAACAAUUUUCAUAAUCUCCAGGAAAUUCGGCAACUUGAAUUAGUGGAACCAAGCGGCUGGAUUCAUGUUCCUUUAACAGAUACUCAUAAGAAGCCUAUUCGCACAUUUAUGAUUCAGAUUGCAGUUCUAGCUAACCACCAAAAUGGAAGAGACACUCACAUGAGACAAAUCAAAGUGUACACCCCGGUGGAAGAGAGCUCUAUUGGUAAAUUUCCUAGAUGUACAACAAUUGAUUUCAUGAUGUAUCGCUCUAUAAGAUAAAAUUUCUUAGUGACUAAUAAAGGAAUUUUUUGAUGGCAGCAUCAUGGCUUAAGUAUUCAAAUACUUAAAGAGCAGGAUUUACUUCAGUGUAAUUGUAUCUUUGUGUUUAUACUUUGUACAAUUUUGAAAUAAAGAUAUCUUGUAUUAUAGUGUA